AUGGUGGAGUUGUCCAAGCUGGCUCUUCCCAAGCUGCUCGAGGACCGAAAUAUCACCCAGCUCAAGCUUGUGUACUCCCUCGCCGGCCGUCUGUCAUCCCUUGCUUCCCUCCGCGUCCAGUUCACGCAGUCCUUCGGCGCUAUCGUAGGGGGUAUCAUCCGCCCUCAACCUCCCAGUGCAGAGUCGGAUGAGAAGAUGAUCUCCUCCCUCCUUACUCUACGUGAAUUCGCCGACGAAGUGACCAGAGCCGCCUUCUCUGAAGAUCCGGACGACCUAGCGGCUGAGAGGACAUGGAGAAACUGUGUUCUGGAUGCGUUCGAGAAAGGCUUUGCGCUCAGGGUGAAGAAGCCGGCGGAGAUGAUCGCCAAAUAUAUCGAUCAGGCGAUGCGGAAGGGCCAGAGGAGCGCAACGGAUGAGGAGUUUGAGAAACUGCUCGAUGAGGCCCUGGGGUUGUAUCGGUUUACUAAAGAUCGGGAUGUGUUCCGGGAGUACUAUAUUCGCGCAUUGGCCAAGCGUCUGCUGUUGCAGAAGAGCGCAAGUGACGACUUUGAGAUGAACGUGCUCAAAAUCCUGAUCGACCACGAUAAGUUCUUCGAGAAAGGCCACGGGAUGUUCAGCGACCUCGCCCUCUCCCGAGACAUGAUGCGCGAGUGGCAGAACCUCCGAGCCGACCGUGGGCAGGAGGAAGAGAACAUGAACGUGAUGGUCAUGCAACAUUCCAAUUGGCCGACAUACGCGCUCGGACAGGUCAUCCUGCCCAAAGCGAUGGAGCGGUCCCUCACGUCAUUUUUGGCGUUUUAUAAGAGCAAGCACGCGCAGCGGAAACUUGAUUGGGCGCAUUCGCUCGGCACUGUCACACUCACGGGACGGUUUGAGGCUGGGACGAAGGAGCUCAGCGUCUCACUGUAUCAGGCUGUCGUGCUUCUCUUGUUCGAGGACGGCGGUUCGCUUACUUUCCUAGAGAUUAAGGAAGCCACGGGGAUUGAGGAUAAGGAACUGCGUCGAACACUCCAGAGCUUGGCUUUGGGAAGAAAGAGGGUUAUCACUAAGAUCCCACAUGGCAAGGAGGUAGAGGAUACGGAUGUGUUCGAGUACAACGCCAAGUUUACGGAUAAGAAUCGGAGACUGCAUAUCAAUUCUAUCCAACAGGGAGAGACGGCGGAGGAAGCGAAGCAGAUCGAGGAUCAUAUCGAGGAAGAUCGCACGCACGCACUGGACGCCGCCAUCGUGCGCAUCAUGAAAGCCCGCAAGCGGCUAGCAAACAACAGGCUGAUGGAAGAAGUCAUCGUUGCGGUGAGGGCGCACUUUGUCCCCCAACCGACGCAGAUCAAGAAACAGAUCGAGAGCCUUAUUGAGAGGGAGUAUAUUACGCGGAAUGAGGGAGAUAGGAACUUGUUUGAGUAUGUUGCGUAG